UAACCGCGUGGGUUGUGCAAGUGUGCGAGCUAGCUAGUUCGCGAGGGCGGAGUGGAAGUGGGCGUCUGCUGCUUUGGGGGAAUAGGAAAGCUUUGACUCCCUCUGGGAACCGGGGGUCGUAGUGAGAAGCGGUUCCGAAGGUUAGCCCAAGCCCCCUUUUCUGUCGCGCCUCUCCACCCGGAGCAUCUUUGAGUUGCCGGCCCUGGCACUCGCAGGCUAGUUUUGUUUGGCCCCAACGGUCCCUCCCAUUCCGCCCGCCCCCGCCUUCAGUGCCUCAGUUCCCGAAGCCACGACUUCCCGCAGCUGGAACUGCAGGCCAGGGAGGACCCCAGCAGUCGACGGCGUCCAAGAGUCUGACGACAUCUGCCUGUGCCCUCCUGGGCUGGCGCCCCGCACGUCGUGCUUCUCGCUAGCAAAGUUUCUCUGUGGAAAAGAAGCCUCUUUAGCUUUCUUCGGAUCCUGCAGCGCGCGCGCGCUCGGCUUCUCUCCCCCUGAGACUGCGCUCCCGACCGGGGUGGUACCUUUGCUCCAGCCCCCUGCUCCAGCCGCUACCACCCCCCGUCCGCCCCCCUCCCUCGGCACCCCGCUGCCCCGGCCGGCUGCCUUGGGGGCGGAGCUUGGGAAAUCUGUGGAGCCAGCUGGAGAGCCUUGGAUUCCGCGCGGGUCCUGAGAGAGCAGCGGCGAGCGGGCGAGCUGAUAGCCACAGCCUAAGGAUAGCUUAGGGUACCUAAGCACUGAAAUGAGCCCCCGAAGGGACGCUCAGGCUGCACCCCCUCUUCUGCCCUGGUUCAGUUCUCGGCAGGUUUGAGAGGGCGUAUUGGUGGUCAGAACUCCUCGAGAGGUGCUGCUGAGUGUUCGUGCCCCGACAGAGUGGCUACCCCGACUCCCUGCGGGGCUGCGAAAGGAGAAGGAGCCAAGGAGACAGCUGUCCCCAAGUUUUUCACGUGCCUGGAACUGGACUCCGCACUGGGCGCUAAAAUGCUUGCUUCCCCCUUGUCCAGGUUUCAUAGCAUGUCUGUUGACAAUUGGAAGCCUGGGCCAAUGAAGAGUCAAGUUCAAAGUGGUACUCCUGGCUUCUCCAUCCCAUACUCCAACAAGUGUAACAUGAAACUAGAGAGAGGGGUCUUCUGGUCUAACUAGCAGAUCUCCAUUCUGGAAUUGACCUUGACCGCUCUCUUAGAUACUUGGACUGCAGUGGCUCCAGGGUUCUGUUGAGCGGGGGUGGGGCUUGCUUUGCUCUGAAGACAAGACUACUACACUCAGAACCUCCACAAUGGACCGAGUUUAUGAAAUUCCUGAGGAGUCCAACGUGGAUCCAAUUUCAUCUCUGGAGGAAGAUGUCAUCCGUGGGGCCAACCCACGAUUUACCUUCCCAUUUGGCAUCCUCUUCUCCACCUUUUUGUACUGUGGGGAGGCUGCAUCUACCUUGUACAUGGUUAGAAUCUAUCGAAAGAAUAGCGAAACCUACUGGAUGGCAUACACUUUAUCCUUCUUUAUGUUUUCAUCCAUUAUGGUCCAGUUGACCCUCAUCUUUGUUCACAGAGAUCUGGCCAAAGACAAGCCAUUAUCAUUAUUUAUGCAUCUAAUCCUCUUGGGACCUGUUAUCAGAUGUUUGGAGGCCAUGAUUAAGUACCUCACACUGUGGAAGAAAGAGGGGCAGGAGGAGCCCUAUGUCAGCCUCACCCGAAAGAAGAUGCUAAUAAAUGGCGAGGAAGUGCUGAUAGAAUGGGAGGUGGGCCACUCCAUCCGGACCCUGGCUAUGCACCGCAAUGCCUACAAACGUAUGUCACAGAUCCAAGCCUUCCUGGGCUCAGUGCCCCAGCUGACCUAUCAGCUCUAUGUGACCCUGAUCUCUGCAGAGGUCCCCAUGGGUAGAGUUGUGCUAAUGGUUUUUUCCCUGAUCUCUGUCACCUAUGGGGCAACCCUCUGCAAUAUGUUGGCUAUCCAGAUCAAGUAUGAUGAAUACAAGAUUCGCCUCGGGCCAUUAGAAGUCCUCUGCAUCACCAUUUGGCGGACAUUGGAAAUCACUUCCCGCCUCGUGAUUCUGGUGCUCUUCUCAGCUACCUUGAAACUGAAAGCUGUGCCAUUCUUACUGCUUAACUUCCUGAUCAUCCUCUUUGAGCCCUGGGUUAAGUUCUGGAGGAGUGGUGCCCAGAUGCCCAAUAAUAUUGAGAAAAAUUUCAGCCGAGUCGGCACCCUGGUGGUACUGAUCUCCAUCACCGUUCUCUAUGCGGGCAUCAACUUCUCUUGCUGGUCAGCUUUGCAGCUGAAAUUGGCAGACAGGGACCUUGUUGACAAAGGCCAGAACUGGGGGCAUAUGGGCCUGCACUAUAGUGUGAGGUUCGUAGAGAACGUGGUCAUGGUUUUAGUUUUUAACUUCUUUGGAGUGAAAGUCUUGCUGGAUUACUGUCAUUCCUUGAUUGCUUUGCAGCUCAUCAUUGCUUAUCUGAUUUCCAUUGGCUUCAUGCUCCUUUUCUUCCAAUACUUGCACCCAUUACGCUCACUCUUUACCCACAACGUAGUGGACUACCUCCAUUGUGUCUGCUGCCGUCGGCACCUUCGGGGCAGGAUUGAGAACUCAGAGCUACCCUGUGAUGCCCAAGCAAGGCAAAGCAUUGUCUGAGAUUCUAUCUUCUGGGUCCUUCGGGAUAGGCUGGGGGUGGCCAAGAGCAACUUUGAAAUUGAAGGAGAGGAUGAGGCUCAUAGGUGAGUACCCACCGGGACAUUUUCUUGAAAUUUCUGGUAAGCCUCUAAGAAGAAAGAACAACUCCCAAAUAGGUUUUAUUUCUUUAAGACUGACUGCUAUGUUUGGAAACCCAGGGUAGCUAAGAAGGUUAGCUUACCAAGAAGGUUCAGAGAUACUGUGAACGGCUCCCCUCCCACCCAGGGCAGCUCUUUGGCUGUCCAAGGGGAUAAUUUACCUCCAAGCACCUUAAUCUCUCUCUCAGUGUGAUCUUGUUACUCUGCUCAUUUGCUCCAGGGCAUUACUGAGCUUUUUCCUAGGGCUGGGAUGAAUGCCCAGAAUUCCACCAGAAUAUAUACUGACUGAUCAGAGAUAUGACAAUUUGUUGAUUAUGGGUACCUCCCAGGAAAACUGGAUGAUUAAUGUGGAAUUAUAACUGUAAGCAUGGCUGGGUUUUAUUUUUCUUAAUUCCACUGAGAAACUCUAGUUUAAGAAGAAAACCCCCACUAUUAAAAGAGCUGCUCCCCAAAUAAGUUAGCUUAGCAUUGGGAUUUUAGUAGUGAUCAUAGUGAUCAAAGACCUCUCUUUUCAAGCAACCCUUCCUAGGCACACUCCCAGGAGGGAGUGCGGAGUAGGAUUCCUACGGGGCAUAAGCCAGAAUGACACUUUCUCAGGGACCUGCAGGGGCAUCCAGCCUGUGGAAUGGAGUGGUUGAGUAAAAUCUCUCACUUCCUGCCUCGUUAUCAGGAAUUCCCUCCAAACUGGUUUUUCUGUGCUCAUGGCAGUUUACUACUUGAGAUAGAUUUCAGAGAAGCGGAGCUGUAAUUGAGGAUGUUUCUAAUGUAUGGAAGAAAUGAAGAUUGCUUUGUGUCUCCUACUCUUCCGAGUAUUUUGCUGGCUUGGUUUUUUUUUCCCCCCUAGGGGAGAGAAAAGGUAAUGAUAGUUGGAUUAUUACCUUCCUCCUGUUUGGGGUUUGCGGGGCAGCUAAUACUCCAAGGUAGAGUGAAGACAGAGAAGGGAAACCGGAUCAUAUUAACUCAUCAUUGGUACUGGUUUUUGACCACCGGGCUUUAUUUUCUAAUAAGGAAAUGUUUAUCAAUCUUCUGCUCAUUCCCACACUCCCAAUGAAUGAAUGCAUAUCUCCCUUUCUCAUGAAUCUCAUAUCCGUGGGUAUUUUGAUGGGGAUGUCAGCUCAGAUGCCUCUAAGGUAACCAAGGAAUUGAGGUUAGUAUGGCCACUGCCUAUUGGGACCUAGUAUCCCAGCAUUUACCUAAUCCUUACCCCUUACAGACGAGGAAAGUAGAGAAUUACUAGCAGUAUGUACUAAUUGUUGCUGCCACAAUGUUUUGAGAAAUUGUGAAGGAUCUGACCUAAAGUCCCUAUCCAGUUUUACUCAUGAGAUCAUGUGAAGAGUUUAUCUUUAGCCUUAUCCCUUCCUCUUAUCCAGUGUCAGGAGUUUAUGGUGGAAGAGCUCCCUCUUUCAGGUAGCAGGGCUGUUAGCCAGAAUAGUCCUAUUUCCUGGCAUGUCUAGUGUGGUUUCCCAUCUUCAACCACUGUUUGGGGGCCAAAAGGAUUGAAUCGUUAAUUGGGGAGGAGAGUCAAGUGACUUGCUUUGGAGCAGUGAAGACUUUCUUCGUCAAUCCAACUCCCUCAUUUUAUCUUUGAUGGAGAGACUUAGGUUGGUGUCUGAAAACGCUCACACCUAUCUUCUAUGUUAUUUAAGGUGAAUUUGAAAGAAUCUAUUAGGCCUCCAGAAGAACACGCUGUCUCUUUGGAAUUCAAACAACAAUUUCUCUCUACUGGUUAAUAUUCCCUUCUAUUAAAAUCAGAAGCAGUGUGGAACUGUAAUUUGGCUCAUAAAAGCCAUGUGAGUCAGCUACUUAAGGCACACACUAAGCCAAGUAGGCCAAUUAGAGCUAGAGCAGAGAUACACAGGGCAGAAACAUGUGCCUUGGUAGUAGACCAGGCAUAUUUUUUCCCAUGCACCCUCCCCAGCCUCUGUGACUUAAUAUCUCUGGAAUGUAGGGAGUUCAGGAUGAGGGGUGUGGGACAGCUUUCAGACCUGAAAAACCUGCUGCCCUUACCUAAGGAGAACAGAGUCUAGUGAUACCUUAUGCUAAUGAACUCUCAGAACGUCCUAUAUGUGGUGGCCUUUCUGUUCCACAGCAGUCUUCUAGAUACACAGAAAAAAGAGAAAUUUCAAAAUAUGGUGGAUGGGCAAGGGAAGUGCUCCCCUCCGCAAACACCUUUUUAAUUGACUACUUUCUUUUUACCCUUUGAAAUCUUAAAGUGACACAGGGUAGUUGUGUAGGGGCCAGCCUUCCUGGAAGAGGAGGCAGAGAUGGGGCCAGGAAAUGGGUCUUAGAAAAGGAAGGCAGAACCAUGAAGUGUGGGGGUAAAGAGAGGCUGUUGUAGCCACAGUCCCCCCCACCGCCCCCCUGACCAGCUAAGUACCUGGAAAUGAACAUGUUAAGGAAAUGUAUCAAAUAAACUCAUAGUUGUCAAUUUCAUUUGUUCCACAAAUGUUUAAAGACUUUGGGGCCCAGAACUGGGAAGCACUCUAGGAGAAUUAAAUAAUAGUUGAUAUUUAUAAGCAUUUACUAUAUGCCUGGCAUGGUGCUUUAUAUGCACUAUUUCAUUCAGUUCUCAAAACAAUCCCUUAUGAAGUAGGUACUAUUAUCCCUCAUUUUACAGAUAAAGAUUCUAAGGCAUAUGACCUGCCCAAAACCAGCUAGUUAUCAGCGCCAGGAUUCAGUCUUAGGCGCUCAGGCUCCAGAGCUCACACUCUUCAUCAUGACACAAGCCUCUAAAUCCUCUUAGGUCCUUUGUGGAGUUAGUUUAAUAUGUUAGUGAUUCCAGGAAUCUUUUCUGGGCUGUAAUCAAGGGGCAUCACUGGGUUUACUCGAGAGAAAAAGGUCAAGUCCUAAAAGGACUGGGAUGAAAAUGGAGUAUGUGUUCACCUGUACUUAUAGGCUGAUGUUACUUAAUGUUCACAUGUACUUAUAUUUAAUGUUUACAUGUACUGAUGGGGGGAUAAGGCAGGGGAGAGUGGUAGACACAUUUCCUUUCUAGUUUCAGGAUUUUGUCUCCUGUGUGUUCUUGAACACACAGCUUCCUAUUCAUGGAUCCUAUUCAUGGGAAUAAAACUGGAGGGAGCAAUUACUACCCAGGUUUGUAUGAAUCUUCCCCCACCAACUCCCCAAACAACCAAUCACAGCAAAGGAGUGCUGAAGCUGACUCUCUUAUACUUCCUCUUAGCAACACUGCCCUUACUACUCUUGAGAAGCUGAUUCCUGAUUCUAAAGCAGGCCACAGGAUAAGGAUGUGGAAGAAUAAUGACCUUCCCCCAACUGUCACAGUCCUGAGAGCCUAAGUCAACAUUCAGUGCUCUUUCAGCUAGCCUGCUCCUGCCUGCACCUCUCUAGGUCAUGGUCCUCAGCAUUCAGAGUUGAUUGCUACUUCCAGGGUAAGGGUGGUGUGAGCAGUUGAAGGGUAGAACAUUCACCAGGACAUUCCAUCUAAACCUGGGGAGUUCGAGGGUGCCUGGCUGGCUCAGUCCAUGGAGCCUGCAGUUCUUGAUCUUGGGGAUGUGAAUUUGAGCCCCUUGUUGGUUGUAGAGAUUACUUAAAAAGAAAAUGUUAAACAAACAAAACCCAAACCCUUGUGGUGUUCCAUUUCUGAAAAGUCCUUUAGUAUACAAGCAGAGGACUUUGGACCCUCCAAAAUAUUUACCUACCCAAGAGUGGGGAUCCUCAUUCUAUGAAACUUAUGCUAUUGGGUUUCAUUACUAUCUUCAGGGAACACAUAUGUGCAGAAUCUUAUGCCUUUCCUCUUGAAGAACCAGCACCAUUAGUCAUAUACUUUAGGUCUUAGAGCCUCUGGGGUGCAAAGUGAAAGUAUGAUAUGAGCCUUGGCAACAAAGCACACACCAUGUGAAACCGGGAAGUAGCAAGGCCAACCUGUGUGAGCUAUGGGAACUAAGUGUGAAAAUGAUAUACUUUCAUGUAUAGAGAAAAUAACAUCUGAAUAGCACUGUACUAUGUGCGAAGAGCAUCGAUACAUACUAGCUCUGUUACCAUUGUAUCAUUGUUGGGACAAGCCCUCUGAGCUGUACAUAUGAAUUUGCAAUGUUCUAACCUUUAAUUUAUUAAACAAUUAUUAAACUCAUUUUGUGCCAGGGAAACCUACAUGGAUAUUUCAGAGUGCUUUAUAGAUGCUGAAAGACUCAAAAGAAAAUCCCAAAUAUUGAGUUUCAGUGAUAUUGGAGAUAAAUAGCCACUGGUUGUCAUCACUGGUAUGAGAGCAAAAUAUUGGAGCACGUUUUUGGAAGGCAUUGUCAGUUUUGUCAAAAUUAAAUGGACAUACUUUUUGUCUCAGAAUUUUAACCUCUAGGAAUUUUUCCUAUGGCAACAUAGAUACACUUAUGCAAAGAGAUGUGCACAAGAAUGUUUAUUAUAGCACAGUUUGUAACAGUGAAAAGUUGGUAACAACUUAAAUUUCCACUUACAAGGAAAUGGUUAAAUUCUGGUAUUUCUAUCAUUGGAAUACUGUCCAUCCAUUAAAAAGAUAUAUGUACCCCUAUGUUUAUUAUAGCAUUAUUUACAAUAGCCAAAAUAUGUAAGCAACCUAGUUAUCCAUCAAUGGAUGAAUUGAUAAGGAGGGUGUGUGUGUGUGUGUGUGUAUAAUGGAAUAUUAUGUGGCCAUAAAAAGGAUGAGAUCAUGCCAUUUGCAACAACAUGGGCCUAGAGGGUAUUAUGCUGAGUGAAAUAAAUCAGACUAAGAAAAAUACCAUAUGAUUCCACUCAUAAGUGGAAUCUUAAAAAUGCAUAAGCAGAAUGCAAAAUCAGACCUAUAAAUAAUGAAAAAAAAGAACCCUAAUGGUUGCCAGAAGGGAAGGAAGUGGGGGAUUGGGCCAAAGGAUGAAAGGGAAAAGGAGAUACAGACUUCCAGUUACAGAAUGAAGGUCAUGGAAUAAGAGGUACAGCAUAGGGUCCAUAAUAUUGUAAUAGUGAUGUAUGAUGACAGAUGGAUUCUACACUUGUGAACAAAGCAUAAUAUUGUACACCUGAAACUAAUGUAACAUUGUGUAUCUACUAAAAAAAUAGGGUAGAUGUAUACAGUAUGUUCUAAGUGAAAAGACUGGUUAAAAAAAAAGUAAGUUGAAAAACAAAAUGUAUAGGAUGAGAUUAUGAAGAAUUAUUGAAAACCUGGGAACAAGAGUGUCAUAGGAAGAAUAGUGUCACCCUCUAGAUCUCCACGUCUAAUCCUUAGAAUUUGUGAAUGUGUUAUGUUCCUUGGUAAGGGAGAAUUAAAUAGGGAAUUGAGGUUGUUAAUCAGUUGACCUUGAGAUGGAGAGAUUACCCUGAAUUAUGUGGGUGUGCUGGAUGUAAUCAUAAAGGUCCUCAUGAGAGAGAAGUUGAUGUGAAGGUGGAGAGAGGGAUAAUUGAAGAUGUCACAUUGUUGGUUUUAAAGAUGGAGGAAGGGGCCACAGACAAAUGCAUCUCUAGAAGCUGUAAAACACAAGGAAACAGAUUCUCCUGGAGAGUGUCCAGAAGGAGCAGGUCCCUGCCAACACCUUGAUUUCAGCCCAGUGGAACUGAUUUUGGACUUCUGACCUCCAGAGCUGUGAGAAAAUAAAUAAGUGUUUUUUAAGCCACAA